GUUCCUGAGUUUGUGACGGCAAAUGCGUGCGAAGCUUUGGAAACUUGUUUUAAUCUUCAUUGCAUGUUCAGCUGCUGGUUACUCUAGCGCAAGUGAGGAUGGGCGUCAAAAUGGGACGUUUGUGAACACAACCAUAUCCACCAACAGCAUUGCAAGGUGAAAAGUAAUUUAACUAAAUUACAAAAUCAUAAGUUUAGACGGAUAUGAAAAUAAAGCGGAACUAAUAUUUCAUUCUUUUUUUUUUUUUUUUUGAGAGUGUAGAGCACGUAAAGAAACUGAUUCUUCAAUAAAUGAACCCCAGACCUUUGCAUUUAGCACUAUGAAAGGUUCUACCAUUAAGCAAAAGCGAAAUCUAUAGAGAGAUGGACCAUAUACUUGGUUCAAAUUUGACAAAUCUUUCCCCAUACUGUUGGGAUCAAAUCAUUUCUAAAGCAUCGAGUAAGUAAAAAGAUGUUAAUCCUUUUUUUCUAAUUCGUUUGCAGUCCUCCGGGGCCGACGAAGAGCGUGGAAACUAAUGACGCUGAAAUUCUCUUGGCACGGAUAUUGAAUCAGAUUCAGAACAAAUCUGACAAUAGGCUGAGACCCAAAAUAGGCCGUAAGUACCUAUUGACUAUAGUCGCAUCAUUACGACGUAAAACGGAAGGGCCCUAAGUGCAACACAUGCUCUCUCUAGCCACACAUCUCACAGGUACGAGCAUUAAACAAAAUGGCAUGACAUAUGUAGCAGUUGACGUGUUGUUUCCACGGUAUGAGUGAAGAACUCCGCAUCGAAAUUUUCGGGUUCAAAUCCUGGCCGGGGUUAUUUUGAUGCAAUCUUGGAGAUUAGCUUGUGCCUUUUACAGUAUCCCAUAUGUGUGGAAUAAAAACUUUCCUUGUCGUUUCAUGAAACACGAACCGCGAUAAGCUAAGAGCAAUCAUUAAUUGAGCGUCGAAAGUAAUCUUGGAUUGAUUUGGUUUUGCUUUGCCUUUCUCUGUGAUUUUUUCCAGAAAACUCGUGCCACUCUCUCAAUCAAUCAAAUGCAAAACUAACACCAUUCACGAAUUGGUCGACGGCGCUUUCAAGGCUUUGAGUAUUUUGCUUGUUUUUACUUCGUGUUCUUAUAGGCUUUUACGGACAUUUUUCGUUCUGAUCGGCCGUUUUGAUAACUUUGAUUUUAUUUUUACGAAAUUCAAUCAAAAUGCCCGUUAUGUAAUUAUGAGAGUAAGUCUCUUGUUUAGAAGUUUUAUCUUUAGGGCAAUGCGGAAAAUUGCUAGCUCUAAGCAAACUAAGGGAUUCAGAAAAUGUUCAGAAAUAAUCUUAAGAAUCAUUUCUACAUACUGAAUAAUUCAUUGAUGUAUCACCAAUUCGAAACAGUUUUCCCUCCUCCACCAACCCCCAGUGCUAGUUAUGGGAUGUUUACCAAGCAGUUUUAUUAUAAUUGCAGGAGAACCAAUCACAGUCUCUACGGAUAUGUUUGUUUUAGACAUUGGAUACAUAAGUGAGGCAAACAUGGUGAGUCAGAAGUGAGGCUUACACCAACUUUUCCUAUGUUCUAGUCACGAGCCACAAACAAUAAGUGAGAGAACAAUGUCACAGCCAAACUAAAUGCAUAACGCGGUACGUGUAAAUUGCAAAGUUUGUGCCCGGAGUAUUCAGUAUCCUCUGAGAGAGGCCAACCCAAGAGUUUUCCGUCGACUGCGAGGAAGGUGAUGUUGAUUCUUUUUCCCAUUCUCAAGAUGGAGGCCAAACAUUCUUCGCGCGGACAUCCUUCGAGCAGCAUUUAAUUGUUCUUAACCAGAACAUUCAAAAAACAUUCAACACCAGAUACCUUGAGCUUAAUGAUAUGUCAGCUUUCAAGAAAAGUUUGGAAUGAGGUCUUAAGGAAGAGUUUAUUUCUUUAACUUGACAAUUUCAUAUUUUGCCUCUCUACUGAAUCAAGUUCCUUCUUCAUUUCCAUAACCAUCGUGUUUCUUUGGAACUUCAUCGCCGGUUAUCAGAGACAAAAUUGACUCUUUUUCAAACAAGAAACAAAUCUUACAUAUUUAAUUUGUCUCGCGUUUAUAGCAUUUAUGUCAUUAUUCCAUCCUCUUCACUUAGGUAUGUGUUCAUUAAGUUAUGAAAAAAGUGUUCUAUGCUAUCAUAUCGCUCUUUAUACUUUUAAAAGGAAUUUCGAACGAGCUUCUUCUUGCGAAUGUACUGGAAAGACGAAAGACUAGCUUACAAUAACACGGGAUACAAAAAGAGGCUGGCCUUGAAUGCCAAAAUGGUUCAGCACAUGUGGAUACCUGACAUAUAUUUUGUUAAUGAGAAAUCCGGGAUCAAGCACGAUCUCACCAAGGAAAACGAAGUGGUUCGACUGUGGCCAGAUGGAAAGGUCUUUCAUAGCAUGAGGUAUGCAGUCGUCCGGAUAGACAUAAGUAACUAGUUUUAGACAUGUUAGAAAGGCGAAUCGCGUUAUCUGGCCAUGAAAAAUUUUAGAGUCUUUUAUAUCAAGUUUGGUAACACCAAAUCAACAAAAUUAUUAAUGCCAAUCAGAACAUAGAAAAUAAACUUUAAAGCAUUCCUGUAUUAUUUAUUUGAUGCCAAAGAGACUAUCCCCUGGACAGUGGCUUACAUAUAUUUUUAUUACUUCGCUGAAGAUUGUCGAUGACAGCAUCCUGCCCUAUGCGUCUCCACAACUAUCCACUGGACAAACAAGUUUGCAGGCUGGCGUUUGAAAGUUGUACGUAAUGUUAUUAAUUGUAGUACAAAAUAUUGUAUAUUUAUCGUGGAUAUGAUAAUAUAAUCAGGCUGCAUCGUUUGUUUUACGACAUGAGGUCCGUAUCAAUUGAAAUUCGACAUCUUGAUUGCCAUAUCACAAGUCUUCGUUAGCGUACAGUAGUUUACUGCUAUUCACACAUAUCAGAGCGAGCUUUCAUCACAGCAUUUCGAUACACGUUUUCAAUAUCCUGGCAACUUGAUUUUCUCACCUAUUUUGUGACUGACUCGCUGGAUAACUUGUGACGUCACUUACUAACCAUGUCGCCCUAAGUCACCUCGCUCCUUUCUGUGUAAACUAAGUCUUAUUUUCUCCAGCUAGUGCCAUAGAUAAUCUUCGGUAGUUGACUAAUUCGAGCAAAUAUGCUUGAACACUAGGUAUGCCCCAUUACAACUGACAUAACAAUAAAGCCUCAGCUACUUAGUCAUAUUUAUAAUCUGUAUUGUGUUCUAAUUAAUAGUCAGUUACGAAAACACUGAACUAUUGUUUCAAUGGAAAAAGGAGAAAGGUAACAAAGAAGUUGCUGUUCAGAAUGAAUUAGAAAUACCCCAGUUCAUUCUCACGGAUUACUGGACUAAUUCUACCACUGCUAACUUCACCUCAGGUAUGAUUAAUGAGGAAACACGUUCCAAUAUCAUUUCCAAAGAGCAACACCUUUUUUUCUUAAAGAUUUAGGGAUCGCGUACGUAAGGGAACUGAACUAUCAUGUGGGCCUUAAUGUAAGGUAGCUUUCCCUAAACGAUUUCAUCGUCUUGUAAUUCGUAGAACAAUCAAAAGUAAUACUACAAGGCAAAACUCAUUCAUGAGGGGAACCCAUUUAGUUCCUAUCCAUGCUCUAAGAAAUAAUUCUAGCAACGCGGCUAAUAAAAGUAGUAUUGUUUUAGAAAACCAGAUAUCUGGAGCCUGAAAUAACUUUGAGAGUGCUUUUGAAAGGUGGUCCUUCGGAAGAAUCCUAAUUUUGAGCAUGACCCUUCCCUGGUUCUAACCAGGUGGUUCGUUACCGCCAAAUGCCCCCUCCCUUCCUUCCUUCCUUGUUACUACCGACCCACUGUAAGGGGAAGAGUUCUGGCCAUGAAUUAAACUCAAACUUCAUUACAUCUUUAGGUGCCUAUUCCCGACUUAUAGUGUGGUUUCAGUUCGAGCGCAGCAUCGGCUUUUUCUUGAUCCAGACCUACAUUCCAGCGUAUCUGAUUGUUAUGCUCAGUUGGAUCGCCUUCUGGAUCAGUCACAACUCGACUCCAGGUCAGUGGAUAAAAUCUCAAGUUUUAAAAAAAUUACAACCCAUCAUUGUCCUCAUAAUUCUAUCAUUCUCCCUUAUCAUUGUUUUCGCUUUGUAGAGAAUACUAACAACAAUGCUGGUUCCACCCUUGAAAAAAUCAUAAAGGUUAAAAGCAUAGUAGUGCUGGAGAACAGUAGCUGGGACUCUUAGCAUCUUUGCUUCACCGAGCGCGCCGUGUUUUGACCUAAUGUGAAAUGAAAUUUAAAUUUUGUUGUUGUAAAUAAAAAAAAGAAACUCUCCAAGUAUAUGUAGAUUGUACACUUUCAGAACUUAAAUUCAACUCUGUUAUUCGGUUCACUUAUUUUUUUCAUUGGCUUAUCCGUUCCUCUUCCCUUAGAAUAUCGUUAUUUUUCGGCGGUUUACGAGACAAAAGACGCGAGCCAACGUACAUGGAUUGCGUGUACUUACUUGUUUUCAUUUCGUACUUUUCAGCGCGCAUAGCUCUUGGGAUUACAACAGUCCUCACCAUGACAACGCUUACCAACAGCGCCCGUGCCUCUCUCCCUAAAGUGUCAUACGUUAAGUCCAUUGAAUGGUUUCUGAUUCUGUGUUUCCUCUACGUGUUUGCGUCCCUGGUGGAAUAUGCCUGUGUGUCUUUUGAGAUAAACAAAAAAAUCAAGAAAGGUAUGAAGAUUCCCGUGGUUCAGACGGAGUCAGACGAUGGAAAGGUGAGCUAUUUCGUAUUUGGAAAGAUGUGUGUCCCCUUCCCUAACCCAACAACAGUCAACUUAUAACAAGCUCGGGUAAAUGUUGGGUUAAAAAAGAGGGUUGAUGCGCAGUUGCUAAGAUACUAGCAUGAUCCGAAAGAUGCACCAUUAUCUUAACUAGUAGUUUUCAUUUCAUUCGUGUGCUUGUUCGCACAGGAUUUAAAAAUAUGUUGCUAAGAUACUGGCAUGAUCCGAAAGGUGCAACACUAUCUUAACUAAUAGUUUGCAUUUCAUUCGUGUGCUUGUUCACACAGGAUAUUAAAAAAAACGUUGCUAAGAUACUGGCAUGAUCCGAAAGGUGCAACACUAUCUUAACUAAUAGUUUGCAUUUCAUUCGUGUGCUUGUUCACACAGGGUAUAAAAAAAUGUGGUAAGAAUAAAAAAGACUGGCACACAUGCAGGCCGUAACCGAGUUAAAUAUAGAUCGUAGGCGAGUCUGUAAGUAAUGUUCUUGCAUCUUAGCGACGGCUUUUGUAACCUGAACAAACAUACAGCAAAAUGUAUUCGAUUUGUUUUCUACUAUGAAUAACAGCUGGAUUAUAGUUCGUGUUAAAAUAUUAUUUAAUACGUCACGAGCUCUUUUCGCUUUCCUCCUUGUGAACAGCUUCUUUUUAGCUUAUUUAGCUUGUUUUGACUUUUCCUGGUUUUAGCCUUUUUUCGUCCGAUUGUUUGUCUGUUAAGGCCUUUACUUUCCGGGCUUGAAGAAUCUCGCUCCUAAUUUGUGGCGUCAGUCGUGUAUCAGAGCGCAUAAUAACACAUUGCAGUGUGUAGAUAGAGAACAGCUUGGCUGUACUCUGUAUUUUCACUACUAGAUUGACUACAAUGGGGUAGCAUUUUAAACAUACUUGCUAAAAUGGGGUCGUGCGUUUUCGGGAUUUGGGGGAAAAAAUUCUGGUAGGUAGAAAUUUAAGAAUGGGUAGAUUCGGGGUUUAAAAGUUGUUAAAUUUUCCCAAGAGUGACUGAUGUAAUUGGCCGCAUAAUAAACUAUAAUGGGGUGGGGGCUGUAGAGGCCAGCAGGACAUAUCCAGCAGAAAUUGACCCUAGUAUCCCCUAACCGACCCGACUCUGAUGAACAAAAUCAUAAUUCAUUAACUUGCAGGAUCCAGAAAAGAAAGACCUUGUUGACGUUAUGGACGGAAAUUUGGAGGCAAAUGGACAUACGAAGACCAGAAGACGAAACAAAUUUAGCUUUUAUGGCAGAAGAAUGACCGAGAAACGGCUAGUGCAGUAUCGCCCCUACACAGACAAGGAGAUCGAGAAGUUGGUGUCGCAAGUGGAUAAUUGGUCUCGCGUAGGGUUUCCUCUCUCUUUUGUGCUGUUAAAUAUCAUAUAUUGGGCGUUAACCAUAAAGUUUGCUUAAAGUAAAAAUAGUUUCCUUAGCGGGUGAGCUAAUGGCUAUGAGAAACGCUGGCUUGAAAAGAUUGUCGUUAGCAGCCCUCAAACAAAUCAAAGUAUCAACUUGCCUGAUACAAAAUAUAGGCCAGCCUAGCAUGUAAUUCAAUAUUAUUAUGGCUAACAUUGUGAAGAUCGUUUCCGAUGAAGUUUCGAUGAGGUAGUUUUUAAAGGAUAUCCCGGGUUCUUGUAAGUUAAUAAACAAUGAAAUUAAAGAAACGACGAUUGUAACAAUGCCAGUUAUGUCAAAAUGUUAUGAACCCGUUUCAUUUUGCCUUUAAGAUAAUAUUAUAAGGCAGAAGUCAGAAACAUGUUUAUAUUUCUCUGGGCUGCGCAAAAGCUGUGUUUCGAGGCUAAGACUUGUAUCAGUAUAUCACACUGUCUCUAGCUGCAGCUUGGAUGUAACAAACUCCUGAUUUCCAGCUCUUGCUAACAUAAAGCCUUCCCUUAGUGUUCUUUUUAGAGAUUGUGCCCAUUUUGUAUGUUCCUUAUCGUAAUCCUCACUCCAAUGAUAAAUGGAUUUUAUUUUGAG